AUGUGCUUCACUACUGAAUUUCCACCUGAACCUGCUGCAAAUGCUUCUGCAGCAGUGAAAGAAACAUACAGAAAGUGGUGUAAAGCCAAUGAGAUGGCGAAGUGCUACAUGUUGGCUUCUAUGUCAACAGUACUUCAACAUCAGCAUCAAGGCAUGAACACUGCUACUGAGAUUAUGAACAAUCUUAAUAACCUUUUUGGUACCCAGAAUCGAGCGGCUAAAUCUUUAGCCUUUCGGAGCAUCAUGACUAAGAGUUUACCGGCUAGCUAUCAGCAGUUCAAGCUCAAUUUCGAGAUGAACAAGAGGGCUUACACCCUAGCUGAACUGUUGACUGAGUUGCAGUCAGCGGAGGAUCUUAUGGUCCAGACAAAGGCUGCUAUGAUGAGUUCUAGGUCGUCUUCCUCAGGCUCUAAGCCAGGUAAGAGGAAGAAGAAAGCCCAGAAUGUUGUAGCACUAAAGACAGCUAAGGGAAAAAAGAAAUGGGUGAACACGAACAAGAAGCAAAGUGGCAAGUGUUUCAAAUGCGGCGAAAAGGGGCAUUGGAAGCCGGAUUGUCCUAAAAAGGCCAAUGGCUCAGGUAACAAGACAGUUGAAUGA